AUGGACACCAAAAUGCUCGUCCCGCGUGUCCACAUCCAGAACUACUCUGAGGCGAGCGCUGUUGAGCCCCAUUGGGGUUACGCAGAUCGCCUUGUACCUUGCACCAGCGACCCUGGAUCCUGCGAGUACCUCGACAUUGUCUAUCGCAGUCAUGACCUAGGCAUGUACUACACCGGAAUUAUCUGGGCGACCAUUGGCGCGAUCCUCUUAGUGUGGGGCGUUGGCCGACAUUUCGCGCGUUCGCAACCAUCAGGCGUGCAAUUACCAGCAGAAGCAGGAGAAGGAGUACCACAAAGACGCAGCGCAUUCGAACGACUUCAACGGGCGAUUCCAUCAUACGCACGACAAUACCUCCUGCCCGAUGCAGCCCGACCAAUUUUUGGACGUGUGACGCGCACACAGGUCCUCACUCUUGUUGUCUUGACCGGUUAUCUGACUCUUUUCUCAUUCAUCGGCAUCGUGUACAAGACAUGGAUCACGCCUGUCAAGAAGCUACCCGGCGUCUAUAACACGCGUAGCAGUCUCGGACCAUGGUCAGACCGUGUUGGUGUCAUCGCAUAUGCGCUCACACCUCUCUCCGUCAUGCUCUCGACACGUGAGUCCAUUUUGUCGCUCGUCACUGGCCUUCCGUACCAGAGCUUCAACUUCCUCCAUCGCUGGCUAGGAUACAUCAUCUUCGCGCAAUCGGCUCUUCACACUAUUGGCUGGUGCAUAAUCGAGAUUCGCCUGUACCAGCCCCAACCGACUGUCGGCGCGGAAUGGAUCGUGCAGGAGUACAUGAUUUGGGGACUAGUCGCAAUGCUCCUUUUGACCAUCCUUGUGCUCCUUUCUACCCCAUGGGCAAUUCGACUCACCGGCUAUGAGUUCUUCCGCAAGGCUCACUACGUUCUCGCCAUGGUAUACAUUGGCGCCUGCUGGGGACACUGGGAGCAACUCAAAGUCUUCCUCCUACCAGGACUUCUCGUCUGGGGUAUCGACCGCGCCAUCAGGCUCGCUAGGACGGCCCUGCUCCACUACAACUUCUUGCCAUCUGGACACAUGGGCUUCCGUGCCGCCUCCGCAAAUAUCGCACUGUUCAAGGACGAUGUCAAUGGCGACGUAGUUCGUUUAGACUUCGACCACCCUCAGGACGCUUGGGCUGUUGGCCAGCACUUCUACCUGACAUUCCCAGAGAGCUCGAUCUGGCAGUCUCAUCCGUUCACGCCGAUCAGCCGUCCCGUCUUCGGUGCCGACGCUCAGAGACAUUCCUAUAUCUUCCGCGCACGUGGUGGAGAAACGAAGAAGAUCGCAGACCUAUCCAUGAAGCGCAUUGCAAAUAUGGCGACCCACCAAGAGUCGCAUGAGAGCCUGAUGGCUGAUGCACGUCUCUCCGUGGUUAUGACUGGACCCUAUGGUGAGCGCACCAUGCGUGGCCUCGCUUCCAACUCCAACAUCAUCUGCAUUGCUGGUGGCACCGGUAUCGCCUACGUUCUUCCUGUUCUACUUGACCUUGCAUCAAACCCACAAACGCCUGACCGCCACAUGACGCUCAUCUGGAGUAUCCGCCGGAGAAGCGACAUCAACUGGGUCGCUCCUGAACUCGCUACUCUCAAGCGCAAGUGCCGGAACCUACGAACAGGUAUCCACAUCUACGUCACCCGCGCCGCGGAAGAAGCGGACCUCGAUCUUACUGUUUCAGAGAAGGCAGCACCUAAUGAGUGCUCUAAAGAGAUCAACCCCGCCUCAAGCUCCAACUCUUCUGCUGACGCAUCUUCGGCGUUGUCUGUACACGGCGUGUCAAAAUCAGAACUGGGUCUGGACCACAUCCAAGCCAGGCCCGAUCUUGACGCUCUUGUGACAGACUUUGUCGCUGGCACUGUACGAGGAGGAACUGAAGUGUUUGCUUCGGGACCUGGUGGAAUGAUCAGCGAUCUCAGGCGGAUAGUCGCUAAAACCAACAAAGGUGGUGAGGUUUGGAAGGGAGACGACAGGUGGGAUGUACGGUUGACGUGUGACGACCGUUUAGAGUGGUAG